AUAUUGCAAAGUACUUCAAUUUCCAAGAUUCUAACUUAAAUUUAAAUCGGUCUAUGAUUUCUAAAAUCUUGAGUGAUAAGUCAAAAUGGUUAGCCGUUACGGAAAGUCAAUUAAGUUCUACAAUUUUUAGGCAUAAGCAAGUAAAAUAUCCUAUAUUAGAUCAAUCAAUAAGACUCUGGGUUGAACAAAUUACUAGUGGAGAAAUGAUUUUAACAGAAUUAAUGAUUAGAGAAAAGGCAACCUGCUUUGCAAAGGCAUUGAAUCUGGGAGAUGAUACUUUAAAAUUUUCAAAUAGGUGGAUCCAAAAAUUUAAACGAUGUAAUAAUCUUAGAAAUUUCAGACUACACAGAGAAGCAAAUAGUGCACCAUUAUCUUCACUUCCGGAGUAUAGACAAAAAUUACGUGAAUUGAUCGAAAAGUAUACAUUGGAUAAUGUGUUCAAUGCAGAUAAAACAGAGCUCUUCUUCCAUAUGGCACCAGAUUAA